GCAAGCUCACGCCCAAGCACUGCACCGCCGUCCACACAUCCGGGAGUUCCUCAUCGUCGCUGUCCAGUUCGGUGGUGCAUCUCAUCUCCCUCUAGAUCCGUCCGCGUUUCUUGUCUUUUACGUCAGUCCGAGCGCGGUCGCUGUUUCGCCUGCACACUAAGCGGCCCAGGCCUACCCAGGUAGAUCUGUCGAGUAAACGAGUGACAACGAACACUUACUACACCCGUCGUGACAGCUCCGCAACCACCCCGAGGAGCUCUCCGGAUUCUGCUGUCUAUGUAAACACUCUUGGCUCACUCUGCUGAGGCUGCGCGCCGCUCUCCGAACACCCCGCCAUGGACCUCCAGCGCAAAGAGUACCCAGCACUGCUGGAUACCCUCCAGCCCGCGCAAGCUGUACAUGUCCUCAAUGAUCGCAUGAAGCAUGUCAGCCACCUCAACACCAACAUUGCGGACUGGCUACAGGAACGGCGCCGGGUGGAGGAGCUCUAUGUCCAGGGGCUCCGGAAGCUGGCAAACAAGCAUCCUCCUGAUGACAACUCAGAUCUUGGCAUCUUCUUUACACCGUGGCACAAAAUUGUCAGCGCAACCGAAUCCCUCGCCGAAUCGCACCAUCAGCUUGCCUUGAAGAUUGAAGCCGAUGUCGAGCGUCCUCUACGAGAAUUUUCCGCGACAAACCGAGAGGUACAAGCCAUGUCUACGAUUUCUGGGAACCUUUCCGCAAUGGCUAAAGAAAUCGAGGCUGCUAAGAAGAAGGCAGAUAAAUUGAGGGACAAGGGUGCGAAGGCUUCUGCGACCAAGGUGGCAAAUGCUGUGUCUGAGGUCGAGAAUGCCACGGUGCAGUGGGAGUCUCAGGCACCGUAUGUGUUUGAGAAAUUGCAGGCCGUGGAUGAAAGCAGGCUUAAUCAUCUGCGGGAUGUUCUCACGCAAUUUCAAACGCACGAAGUGGAUCAGGUGGAGAGAAACAGGAUCUCCGCAGAGGAGACAUUGAAUGUGUUGCUCAACAUUGAGACUGCAGACGAGAUCAAGACCUUUUCCCUGAAAAUGCAAAGCGGGGAGAAGCCGAGAACAUCUCGUAAACCUAGCAGUGUCAGUACGCCGUCAAGGAACUUGGCUCCCCCACCAGCCAGCCCAGCACAUCAAGCCGAUGAUCAGACGAGCCAAAAGAGUGGCUCCGCCCACGAACCUGCGCCCAAGCAUGGGGGAGGGUUUCAAAGUCUCAAAAGAUUCGGGACAGUGAUAGGACGCCGGAAAAGUAAUCAUCCCUACGGUCGUGCAUUAUCACCAGAACGAAAGUCCGCCUCAAACCUAGGCGGGCCAUUUAGUGGAUUUGGGAAAGGGAAACAGAGAGAGAUUCAUCCCGCAGGGUCUUCGGACCGACCCGUUUCGCCUGCUAGAAGGCUCUCUCUCACACCUCGGCUAUCUGACUCCUCUAGCUCACCGAAACAGCUAAGACGAUCCAGCAGCGACAAUAGAGCAAACGGGACAACCCCUGAGCCCGUUCAUGAAGCGGGACCAAGCUCUAGUACGGUAAACGGAACGGCUCAGGAGUCGAUACCGGAGUUGAAAGAGCCGCUUUCGCCUCCCCCUGCUAUUACCGAGCCAGUGCCAGAGCCGGAGAAAGACGCAGAAGGAUUCUCUGUACCUCCGACAGCGACAGACGCUAUCACCGAAGCACAAAGAGAAGCGAGCCUUGCCGCAAAUGAAGUCAAUCCAGCGCCUCAAUUUAAACUUGAUAUUAGAAACGCGCCCAUUCAAGAAGAGGAUGGUGAUCCGGACGCUGCUUUAGCGAAUAUGGCCAACACUUUGCGCGCUCAAGCACCCGCAACGAAGAGGUCAGGUACCCUUCGAGGCCGACGAGAUGUUCGCAACACAAUUUUCGUACCUAACCCUGCAACGCCUGAACUCACAAGUAUCGGAGAAACGUCAGUUCCUCCAAUUCCAUCUGCCGACUCAGGCUCAGGCUCAGCAACGUUUCCAACUCCCGCUCCGCCUCCACAGCCGACCUCGCCGGCCUUUAAACUCCCACAUAGGACUUUGUUAUCAGAUGACCAUGCAGCGUCAGAUACGCAGUCUGUCCGGUCCGGUAGAUCCCUAAGUAGUUCAGCCAGCACCACGAUCAGGCAUCCGGAUAUGCAUGAGCCAGGGCUGAACUCAUCUUUGGUCGAGACGGUUAGUGCAUGGUUCGAACAAGGAAAUAUUACUAAAGCCAUGGUAAUCGGACAGGUCGCGCUUGCAUUCAAUCCAGUUGAUCUCUCUGCGCCCUUUGGAACAGACAAUAUCCGUCUAGAAAAUUUCCCUGUUCUAGAGAAGGUUGCUCCAAACCCGGCGUUCAUCGAACAAGUCACUGACAGCCCCGGAAACUACACCGUGGACCUCUCUAGGAUCACGAAAACGUCAGUGGCAUUCCACUACCAGGUACACCUUGAGAGCAGUAAUCUUGCAUCAUUUGCACCCCUCAUUCUCUCACCGACUUGGAAGUCUGAACCUACACAGACUUCCGUUCUGCUUCACUACUCCCUCAACCCCAAAUUUGGUCUAGGAGAUGCCACAACUGUUACAAUCCACAAUCUUAUCCUUGUCAUUCGCCUUGAACCGGGCGUGAAGACAACGACGUGCCAGUCAAAGCCAGCGGGCACGUUCUCCAGGGACAAAGGCCUCAUCUACUGGAGGCUUGGAGAUGUAACUCUCUCUCACGACCAGCCCGCGCAGACAGUCCGUGCGCGCUUCUUCACCGAAAGCGAAGCCAAGCCAGGAAAUACUGAGGCUCGGUGGGAGAUUAUCGGGGCGCAAUCGCUAAGCUUGGGGAGUGGGUUAAGCGUCAGACAAAUGGCCCCCAUCGAGGCUAAGGAUAGCGAAUCCGAUCCUUUUGCUGAUGCUGAUGAGAACGCACCGCCUGCGAGCCCAGCGAUUACUUGGAAGGAUGUAGCAAGCGUGAAGCGUAUUGCAAGUGGGACUUAUCUGGGAGUGUAAUUUGGGGAAAGUCUGGAAAGUGUAAUUCUGGCGGCCACGAGGCAGUGAGCUGUGGACGAGACGCUCUGGCUGGAUGUGACAAUUGUGGCCGGACUCGAAACCACUUGUUGGACAACGUACAACCUUGAUUUUGGGUUCAGUAGUGCUGAAGAGGAUAAUAUUUUUGAGCUACGGAGAGCAAGCUUCUUGUAGAUAGAUGUUUGGCGGCUAUUUGUGUGAGAUAGGAAGCGAGAUAUUACUAUUCUUUCCGAAUGUUCAGUGAGGCUGACGAGGUUGGUUUGUCAAAAGUAAGGUUGCUGUGUCAUUCUACUUUAGACAGCCGACAUGUGUCUGUCAUCCAUGGUUGUCGCUGCGGCGAUAGAAUGUCGGAAAAUAAAUGGAUUCCAG